UUGGGUGGCUCCUCUGCACAAGAGGAAGUUAGAGGGGAUAUAGAUCCAAAGCAUCGUGCUGGGUUACCCAAGUCACCAUCUUCUCCAGGUGGGUUCCGUCAGUUUUCUUCAAAGGACUAUGUAGGGAGGACAUGAGUACAAAGCAUUAUUUUGCUGGAAUAUGGAAAUAUAUGUACAAGAUAUCUUGUUUGUCCCCAAGAAUUUGUUUACAGACUGUAGGGUGCCUGUGAUAUUGGGAACAUUCAAUGGUCAGAUAAGGUCGGGCCCUGCCAGGGAAAAUAUUGAAUGACUCCCAACCUGUUAGGCCCUUUUUCUGAAGCAUCCGAGCAUUUUGGAGAUAUCAACAGGAAAAUUUUUCAUUCUCGGUCAACAAUCAGAGAACCCUCUGCUGUUACUUGGCCAAUAUAGUGAUGAUGAAUUGGAUGAAAAAUCAAAUAAGAGGCUUGACAAUGCCACUGUGGAGAAUUUCAUGGACCAUGAUAAUGAUCAGGUAAAGGGACCUGCUGAAGAAGAAGGCAAAGAUAAGGAUGUUACUAUAGAUGAGGACCUUGAUGGUCAGAAGGUCAAACAACAGGACUUGGAUAGAGAUUCUGCUUCACUGGAUGCUUCCCUGAACCUUGAGAGCAAUACUACUGGAGAAAUUGAUGCGACUGCUGCAGAUGGGUCAUAUAAUAAAAUGGACUCAACUGAACAAGUCUCUGUUCCUGAAACUACUGAUACGCAGGUCAUUGGAGAUGUGUUCUCGGGUUGGAAGUUGGUCAUGCAUGAAGAGAGUAAUCAAUACUAUUAUUGGAAUAUUGAGACCGGGGAGACUUCUUGGGAAGUACCGGAUAUUUUGUCUCAGGGGCCCGGAUUGAGCCACGAACAGAAAACCUUUCCUGUUAUUCAAGGUACGGAUAGUGCUUCCCACUCCUUGGGAACACAUGAACCCAGUUCAACUUUGGUUGAGGUAGGGAAUUCAUCAGAUGCACAUACAGUUGAUGGUUCUGCGGGUUCCUCUUUGAUUUCUGUAACAAAAGAAAUGUAUGAAUAUGGCCAUGAAAUUGAUGAGAGGAAUGGAGUAUGUGACGGUCAAAGUUUGGAAGCUAAAAGUCAAGAUCCUGAAUUUGACCAGAGUGAAAUAAAAAAUGCCUCUGGUGAUUUGUGUCAUGAAAUUUCAUCCUCUGAGCAUUACCUGUCUGCACAGAAAUCCGGUGAUGUUACUUUGGCAAAUGGAAGUGGAUCUAACCAAUACAUGCAUGGAAAAGUAGCUAACGAGGAAUAUGGAACAAGGGCUGAUAUAUCUUCAGAUCUGAUUAAACAUGGGGAAUGUUUGUUAGAGAGAUUGAAGUCACUGAAAGGGUUUGAGGGCCACCUCCAAGGACAUGACUGGACGUCAAAGUACAUAUUGGAAAUUGAGAUAAGACUUUCUGAUAUUAGGGCACUUGUAUCUUAUGGGUCCUCGUUAUGUCCAUUUUGGGAGCACUCUGAAAGGCGGCUUAAACAAUUGGAAUGUGUUAUUACUGAUGAAAUUGGUGUUAGAAAAAUGAAUGAUGCUGAGGCAAGAGAUAUCUCGGUCAUUAGAGAGGAUAAACUGCUGGAAAGUACGGGGGAUGAAAAUGAGGCGGAUGGAAUUGAAAAGGGUGUAGUUUUCCCUUUAGAAGAUUCCGUUUGUCCUAAUAUUGGCCAAAAAUCUGUAGUUGAAAAUAAUUCACAUGAUGAAGUUCCCACUGAUUUUGUUGUGAAUGCUGAAUAUGUUACUUCAUCUGGAUAUCCUAUUGCCACUUGGAAAGGUACUGCUGAAGAGAGCUGCGAAAAAAUUAAUGAUGGUGCUGCACUUCCUGGUGAACUUGCUCCCAAGUCGGGCCAAAUUUAUGGGGAGGACAUGGACAUGGAUGUGGACAUGGAAGUUGAAGAUGCUACUCCCACAAGCAACAUUGCUAUUGGUGAUGCAUUGAAUGGUACACAUUUUGUCAUACCAGAGCAGUCUAUCCAGCCAAAUCCAUCUGCAGGAUACCCAUUCUUGGCAACAGAGGAUGGGUCUAUUGUUCCCCCUCCACCGGAUGAGGAGUGGAUUCCCCCACCACCUCCUGAUAAUGAAUUGGUUCCUCCACCCCCUCCUGAUGAACCACCAGAACCCUCCCCUCCCCCACCCUCAUCUUAUCCAGAGGCUGUACAACCUGUACCUUACACAGGACAAUACAGUCUAACCUACCCUGAUUCUAAUUUUGGAUUUUAUGGACACACAGUUGCUGAAAUUCCAAGUGCUAAUUUAUAUGGACACAUUGAUGGACCUCAUGUUGCUGUGCCCCCCCAGCCAAUUUACUAUGAAGUAGUACCCAACACCUAUGCAGAUACCACUCCUGUCCUAGUAAACCCUACUGACACAACAGCGUAUUAUGACAUUAAAGAUGGAACAUUGCCUCCUAUACCUGUAGUUGUCGGUGCAGAAUCUUCUGGUUUUCAUGUUGCAUCUGCCCUGGCAAGUUAUAGCAGCCUUGUUACUGAGCAAAUUGGAUCCAAUGAUAUCCAUGCAGAUGUGGGCUCCAGUUCAUUACUGAAUAUGAGGGUUGAUGUUGCUGCUGUUGGCUCUGAUACUGGAGUUGCAUCCUCAGAUAUUCCAGUUACUUCGACCUCAGCUCAAGCUUUAGCAACAAGCUCUGUAAAGGAGAGUGUCCCUGUGCCAUCAACCACUGCUGUCACUUCUGCUACAGUUGUUUCUGUUACAUCAGCAACUGCAAAGGUUCAAUCGAAAGUUAUGCGUAGCAAAAAACGGACAAUAGCCGUGGCACCCACAUUGAGGUCUAAUAAGAAGGUCUCCAGUCUAGUGGACAAGUGGAAGGCAGCCAAAGAGGAGUUGCAAGAAGAUGAUGAAGAUGAACCUGAAAAUGCAUUUGAGAUUUUAGAGAAAAAGCGCCAGAGGGAAAUAGAGGAAUGGCGUGCAAAGCAAAUUGCCAGCGGAGAGGCUAAAGAUAAUGCUAAUUUUCAGCCUUUGGGUGGUGAUUGGCGUGAAAGGGUGAAGCGCCGAAGGGCUGCACGUGGAGCAGUGCAAACUUCUCUGGAGGUGGUUGCUGAUGGUGGAAAUCAGCAGCCCAAUUUAAUGGAUCUUUCAAGAGAUCUUGCACCUGGAUGGCAGGCUUACUGGGAUGAAUCCUCAAAGCAAGUUUACUAUGGAAAUGCUGCCACCUCAGAGACAACCUGGACCAGACCAGCAAAGUAGGCCGUCUGUGAAAUUUGAGUUUCUAAUUCCUGAUCUGACUUACAUUUUUGGGUUGUAAUUAUAGUAGUAAUUGUUCUUCCAAUCUUUUCUUGUUUCCCCUCUCGGGUAUAUCUUUGGAGGUGGAUGAGUGAUCAAGUACGCAUUGUUCCAAGGGCUAGAGGAGAUUUGUGUUAAUUAUGACCCCCUUUUUUGAAGGGAAAAUGCAUUCCCUCUUAACUUCGGCUGCUGCCAUGUAACCAUUCUGAUUUGAUAAUGGCCAUUUCCCCUUUCUUUUGAGGUGAUGUUGACAACAUAUUGAGCUUGGAUAGCUUUUUGUAGCCUGAAGAUUCAUGUGCUUUAUACGGCCACUUGAGUCGAAAUAUUGGGUAUGAUCGCUGUGCAUGAAAUUGAUCUGUAAUACAUAACUUGUUUUCCAGCA